AUGACCCCGCGAGCCGGAACCAUGCGGCUAGCCUGCAUGUUCUCAUCCGUCCUGCUGUUUGGAGCCGCAGGCCUCCUCCUCUUCAUCAGCCUGCAGGACCCCACGGAGCUCGCCCCUCGACAGCUGCCAGGAAUAAAGUUCAGCAUCAGGCCACAGCAGCCCUACAACGACCUCCCACCAGGCAGUUCCCAGGAUGGUGACUUAAAAGCACCUACGGAGAAGGUCCCUGGAGACUUGUCCAGCCAGGCCCCGAGAGGCUCCCGCCUGCUGGUGCCCGACAGGCCUCAAGCCCAGCUAAACGUGGGGUCCCGGCUCCGGCCCCGACAGCGCCGCCGGCGGCUGCUUAUUAAGAAAAUGCCAGCUGCGGCCGCCAUCCCGGCCAACGGCUCCGCCGGCUCUGCCGGCGCCUUGGCGCGGCCCGCACCCUGGGCCCCCAACGGCCACUGGGUCACCCUGCACCACAGCCAGCAGGAGCGCAAGCGGGUGAUGCGGGAGGCGUGUGCCAAGUACCGGGCUAGCAGCAGCCGCAGGGCGGUCACCCCCCGCCACGUGUCCCGCAUCUUCGUGGAGGACCGCCACCGCGUGCUAUACUGCGAGGUGCCCAAGGCGGGCUGCUCCAACUGGAAGCGGGUGCUCAUGGUGCUGGCGGGGCUGGCCUCAUCCACCGCCGACAUCCAGCACAACACGGUGCACUACGGCAGCGCCCUGAAGCGGCUGGACACCUUCGACCGCCAGGGCAUCCUUCACCGCCUCAGCACCUACACCAAGAUGCUCUUCGUCCGCGAGCCCUUUGAGAGGCUGGUCUCCGCUUUCCGCGACAAGUUCGAGCAUCCCAAUAGCUACUACCACCCCGUGUUCGGCAAGGCCAUCCUGGCCCGGUACCGGGCCAACGCCUCCCGGGAGGCCCUGCGGACGGGCUCUGGCGUGCGCUUCCCCGAGUUCGUGCAGUACCUGCUGGAUGUGCACCGGCCCGUGGGCAUGGACAUCCACUGGGACCACGUCAGCCGGCUCUGCAGCCCCUGCCUCAUCGACUAUGACUUCGUGGGCAAGUUCGAGAGCAUGGAGGACGAUGCCAACUUCUUCCUGAGCCUCAUCCGGGCGCCACGGAACCUGACCUUCCCCCAGUUCAAAGACCGGCACUCGCAGGAGGCGCGGACCACGGCGCAGAUCGCCCACCAGUACUUCACCCAGCUCUCGGCCCUGCAGCGGCAGCGCACCUACGACUUCUACUACAUGGACUACCUGAUGUUCAACUACUCCAAGCCCUUUGCGGACCUAUAUUGA